AUGGCGCAAAUAUCAAUGAAAAAGAUAAUAACGGAUGUACCGCUCUUCAUUUUGCUGCAGAAUAUAAUAGUAAAGAAACAGCCGAACUACUUCUUUCACAUGACACUAGUUGAUGAGAAAGAGCACCCACUCAUCAGCCUUCCAGCUUGCUGGGGUGUCCACUUAUCCAUCCUUGAGGAAAUCAAACAGGAAUAA